AUGUCCUCUAGCAUGCAGGAUAGUUCCGCAGCCGAGCAUCCUACCAUCUCUCUCCUUGAAUACGACAGCGAUAGCGAUUAUAGCACGAGCUUUUGCAGCACGGACGACUACUCGGAUGACUUGUUAGAUGACAACCUCGACAACAGAAAUGCUCUUGCCGAGUGGCGCACCCAAUAUCGAUUUUCUGGACCCCUAACUGAACGGAAAAGAAAAAGAAAAGAAGCCAGCAAGGAUGAUGAUGAUGAUGAUGAUGAAAUGCUACUCGAAGAGCGAGACAACUUCCAGUCUCUAACACACGAAAGUAAUCAGGGAGAACGUGAACGCAAUGAAACUCCAAACGCAGAAGACAUCAAAGCCUGGUAUAAAGAAUGGAUAGCCAAUCCAGAGAACCUGAAGGAACCAGAACCAGAGACACCGUGCCUGCCUAGAGCACCAUCCCAUCUCGUUCCCGGCACCGAAGAAUACUUUGAAUAUUUCACGCUUCUCAGGAAAUAUCGCCGGGCUCAACGCAUUUUCGAUCUCGAUUCCAGCGGUCAGGGUUUUCGAAAUCCAUUCACUGAACGGCGUCGCGGAUCUGAGGGAUGUGCACCAAGAUCCUCCAUAUCGCCAAAGUCUAAAACUACGACGGAGAUGCGGGGUGGAUAUAGGAGUGCUGGGGAGCAAGAAAGUGGUGGGAUUUACAACCCCUUUGAAGGGAGUGAGGUAGAAUCAUCCAACCCCUCGAGUUCCCGCACAUCCUCACCUGAUCUUAUUAUCCUUGGAAGCGUUUCGCAGCACUUUGUCACAAUCCAGGAGCCCACCCAUUCAUUCUCAUCCCAGACCGCACAGCUGUGCUCCGCAGAGAAUGAAUUACUCACUGAUCAGGCUUUCCAGAGCGCAGCCGCGGAUUUCCUCAACCCAAUCAACGUUGAGCUUCUCGUCGCUGAGCACCAGGACCUCGGAUACACCAUCACCAACAACGACGAACAUCCAGCCAAGUCCGGCUACAGAAUCCGCCAUGACUUCUCACCCCACGAAUCAAGAGAGGGAUGUUAUUGCCACUGGUGCCAAGCGGACCGAGACAACGACGCGGGCGAGAUGCCCGAACCGCACGAUCCGAAUGCCUGGUGCCAUUGUCCCACCUGCUCAAUAUUCCGCCUCGAUCAGCAGCUGGCAGAGGUACAGACACAGCUCGGGACGGAGAUGCAGACGCACGAGGCACAACAAUCCCGAAUGCAGGAGCGCCUACAGAGAGUCCACUCGUUACGAAAAGUCCGGGAAGAACUGAUGGAGCGGCGCCAGAAGAUCGCCGGGGAGUCAAAGACUGCUGAAGAACAAAAGCGCCGGGCAUCUAACGAUGUGAUGGAGUACCAAUUUGAUAUCUCGGGGCCCCCGCCGCCUGCUCGAGAAAGGCGGGGGGACAGCGGACAGGAGGACAAAGAGAAGCGAUAUGGAGGGCUUUUUGAAUGGGUUGGGAGACAGCUACGGGAUUCUGAUGAGGAAUGA